GUAGUGCAUGGUCGGCACACAAUACGACUCACGUCGUUUCUGAUUCACCCGCUUUCUUUCCUCUGCCCUCGUGGUGAAGCAAAUAUGACACGUCGCUUAUGACGCUCUCACUAAUGCCGUUGCACCAUCUUAUCACUGGGCCACCACCCGAUGCGGCGUGGAAUUUUACUCUUGAUGAAAUUCGUCAGCAAUUGGCCUACCUAAAUGUGACAAACUUGUCCGAUUCACAUAUUUGCCAACUGAAAAAACAGUUAGAUGAUUUGAUUGCCAAAGAAUUAGAGCACGUCCAGGUUGCUUCCGAACUGUCUUGUUGCCGCAUAGAGGAUCCGGUUUCUUCACAUCUGGACUCCGUCUCGAAGUUCUCAUCUGACAGCGGAGAUUGCACCACUCCUGAGUCUGAGAUGCAUAAAUCACUGAGCGACUUGGAUUCUCAUCACACUGUACCGACGUUUGCUCCACAAUCCAACUAUUCUAACCGAAAAGGACAAUCAACGAAGCUGUUUUCCAAGCCACACGCUUGGGUUAGACCCUGUCGAUCGGCGAGAACCGGUUACUUAUCGCAUGUGUUGCAACCCGAUAUGAGAACAGAGUCCAGGGACACAGUUUCCAGCAUUUCGGAAAUCAGCGACUCCUCGGCUGUCGGGUUGCCCGCGGAACAGGGUGCCGAUGACGCGUCUUCUGCUCAUCCAAGAAGUUUGUUCCGGGAUCGAUACCUGGAGUACCCCUCUCUAUUCCCUGGCACAGUAGACUCACAAUACAAGAGGCAUCGUGACACUCCCCGACGCCCCCAUACUGAUUGUACCCGGAUAACUGCUAGCUCAACUCUGGUACCUCAGAUCACUCGGGUCAUGCAAUGGGAUUGUUCCCCGACUGCUACGCCGGCAACCGUGGCACCCAAGGUUAACUCACGUCCAUUGUCAACUUGUGAUCUGCUGCGCCCCUCCAACCAACGCCAGCUGGGACAGAACUGCACCCAAGCCAACAUCUGA